GUUGAAAUAAGUUUAGGUUCUUGAAUGUUUUGGAUUGGACAGCGCUACGUUGUCAUUUAAAGGAAGCUGCACAAUUCCCACUAGUGAAAGAUAUGGAUCUGUAUAAAAAGUGUUCAGUGUAAAUAUGAAUUAGGCAUCUAGUCACAUUAUGUCUUCAGUAAUGACACUCAAAGUGGUUCUUUUGCUCAACGUGCUCAUUGUGGUUGUGGUUAGUGGCGGACCGGCAUGGAAAGAGGUGCAGCGAGGUGGCGGUCUAAAGAUAGGGCAAGCCAGAGAACCAAAAAACUCGUCUGUGUCUUCGUCCAGAGGGAACGGCAUCAAACUUGGAGGCAGUACUAGAGGUGUUCGCUUCACCACCACUAGCACAUUGUCUCCUGAUGACGAGGAUGACGAUGAGGACGAACAUUAUUACAUGUGGGGCUGGUAGUACCAUACAAAUCUUUUGGUACCAGGGAAU